AUGUCUGCCGAAACCGAGACCUUUUCUUUCCAAGCUGAGAUUUCUCAGUUGAUGAGUUUGAUCAUCAACACCUUCUAUUCUAACAAGGAAAUUUUCUUGCGUGAAUUGAUCUCCAACUCUUCUGAUGCUUUGGACAAGGUUCGUUAUCAAUCCUUGACUGAUCCCUCCGUUCUCGAUGCUGAGAAGGAUCUCUAUAUCCGUAUCACCCCUGACAAGGAAAACAACAUUUUGUCUAUCCGUGAUACUGGUAUCGGUAUGACCAAGGCUGAUUUGGUCAACAACUUGGGUACAAUUGCCAAGUCUGGAACCAAGGCUUUCAUGGAAGCCCUCUCCUCUGGUGCUGAUAUCUCCAUGAUUGGUCAAUUCGGUGUCGGUUUCUACUCUGCUUACCUUGUUGCUGACAAGGUCCAAGUCAUCACCAAGCACAACGAUGACGAGCAAUACAUUUGGGAGUCUGCUGCCGGUGGUUCUUUCACUAUCACCCGUGAUGAAGUCAACCCUUCCAUUGGUCGUGGUACUGAAAUGCGUCUCUUCAUGAAGGAGGAUCAACUCGAAUACCUCGACGAGAAGAAGAUCAAGGAUAUCGUCAAGAAGCACUCUGAAUUCAUCUCUUACCCUAUCCAACUCGUUGUUGAGAAGGAAGUUGAAAAGGAGGUCUCUGAUGAUGAGGAAGAGAUUGUCGCUGAGGAAGGUGCCAAGAUUGAGGAGGUUACUGAUGAAGAUGACAAGAAGGAUGAGAAGAAGAAGAAGACCAUCAAGGAAACCGUUGUUGAGAACGAGGAACUCAACAAGACCAAGCCUCUCUGGACCCGUAACCCUGAGGAUGUCAAGAACGAGGAAUACUCUGAAUUCUACAAGGCUCUCUCCAACGAUUGGGAGGAUCAUUUGGCCGUCAAGCAUUUCUCUGUUGAAGGUCAACUCGAAUUCCGUGCCAUUCUUUACGUUCCCAAGCGUGCUCCUUUCGAUAUGUUCGAGACCAAGAAGAAGAGAAACAACAUCAAGCUCUACGUCCGUCGUGUCUUCAUCAUGGAUGACUGUGAGGAUUUGAUGCCUGAAUGGCUCAGCUUCAUCAAGGGUGUUGUCGAUUCUGAAGAUCUCCCUCUUAACAUUUCUCGUGAAAUGCUCCAACAAAACAAGAUCUUGAAGGUUAUCCGUAAGAACUUGGUCAAGAAGUGUCUUGAAAUGUUCCAAGAAAUCUCUGAGGACAAGGAAAACUUUGACAAGUUCUAUGAAGCUUUCAGCAAGAACAUCAAGCUCGGUAUUCACGAAGAUACUCAAAACCGUAACAAGCUCGCUGAGUUGUUGCGUUACCACUCUACCAAGUCUGGUGAUGAGAUGACCUCUUUCAAGGAUUACGUUACCCGUAUGCCCGAGAAGCAAAAGAACAUUUACUACAUCACUGGUGAAUCUCGCGCUGCUGUUGAGAACUCUCCUUUCCUCGAAGGUUUCAAGAAGAAGGGUAUUGAGGUCCUCUUGAUGACUGACCCCAUUGAUGAAUAUGCCACUACUCAACUCAAGGAAUACGAGGAUAAGAAGUUGGUCUGUAUUACCAAGGAUGGUCUUGAACUCGAAGAAGAUGAGGAGGAGAAGAAGGCUCGUGAAGCUGAGAAGGCUGAAUAUGAAGGUCUCUGUAAGACCGUCAAGGAUAUCCUCGGUGAGAAGGUCGAGAAGGUUGUUCUCUCUUCCAUGUUGACUGAUUCCCCUUGUGUUUUGACCACUGGUCAAUUCGGUUGGUCCGCCAACAUGGAACGUAUCAUGAAGGCUCAAGCUCUCCGUGAUUCUUCCAUGUCCAGUUACAUGGCUUCUAAGAAGACUUUGGAGUUGAACCCUGAUCACCCCAUCAUCAAGGCCCUUAAGUCUAAGGUUUCUGCUGAUGCCAACGACCGCACUGCUAAGGAUCUUGUUACUUUGUUGUACGAGACCUCUUUGUUGACCUCUGGUUUCACUCUUGAUGAUCCUAGCUCUUUCGCUACCCGUAUCAACCGUAUGGUCUCUCUCGGUCUCUCUAUUGACGAAGACGAGCUUCCUACCGCUGAUGAGCCAGCUGCUGAAGCCGCUGCUGAUGAUAACGCUGAGGUUUCCAAGAUGGAGGAGGUUGAUUAA